AUGGCCCCGCUGCAACCAGGUAACAGGAAACGGGAAGCGCCCGCGCCCCAGGAGGCCGCCGCGGGCUCGUCGUCGCCGCGCUCGGCGGCGGUGGACGCAGACGGCCCGCAGCCGCCCAAGAAGCCCAGGCGGAUGGUGGUGCAGCGCUCGCUGGUGAACUACCUGAAGGGGCGCGAGGUGGGCGCGCGGGGCGGCGCCGGGUUCCCGGGCUUCGAUAGCGAGCUGCGUGGCUUCGCGGUGCGGAAGCUGCCAGAGCUGCUGCGGGAGCGAGAGCUGCCCUUGGGCACCGUCGACAAGGUGUUCGCGUCGCAGUGGCUGAGCGCCAGGCAGGUGGUGUGCGGUACCAAGUGCAACACGCUCUUCGUGAUGGACGUGCAGUCGGGCCACAUAACGCGCAUCCCCCUCAUGCGGGAUCGUCGGCCUCCGCCGGCCCGCGCCCAGCCGGGCUGCGGCAUCCAUGCCAUCCAGCUGAAUCCCUCCAAGACGCUGCUGGCCACCGGGGGCGAGAACCCCAACAGCCUGGCCAUCUACCGGUUGCCAACGCUGGAUCCCCUGUGCCUGGGCGACCGCCACGGCCACAAAGACUGGAUCUUCUCCCUCGCCUGGAUGAGCGACACGGUGGUGGCGAGCGGCUCCCGCGACGGCAGCGUGGGCAUCUGGAAGAUAGACCCCGACGUAUUCCGGAGCACCAGCGCCUGUUACAACGACGCAGGGAUCCCCGUGUAUGCCCACAUCCGUCCCGCGGAAGUGGAGGAUGUCCCCAGGGCCGGAACCAACCCAGGUAACUGCAAGGUGCGUGCCCUCGCCUUCAGCGCCAGGAGGCAGGAGCUGGGAGCCGUGACCCUGGACGGCUACUUCCACCUGUGGAAAGCCCGGAAUACCCUGUCCAGGAUGCUGUCCAUCAGGCUGCCUUACUGCCGAGAGAAUGUGUGCCUGACCUACUGCGAUGACGUGUCCCUGUAUGCGGUGGGCUCCCAGUCCCACGUCUCUUUCCUGGAUCUGCGCCAGGGUCACCAGAGCGUUCGGCACCUGUGCUCCCGCGAGGGCGGCACGGGUGUGCGUUCCCUGAGCUUCUAUGAGCACAUCAUCACCGUGGGCACCGGCCACGGCUCUCUGCUCUUCUACGACAUCCGUGCGCAGAAGUUCCUGGAGGAGAAGAUCUUGGUCAGCCCGUACUCCUCUCCGCAGCCCACAGGAAGGAGGUUCAGGCUGAUUUGUGGCAGAGGCUGGCUCAGCCAAGAUGACGUGCAGAUGAAUUACUUCGGUCCCUUAGGCGAGCUGCCCAAUGCGCUGUAUACCCACUGCUACAACUGGCCGGAGAUGAAGCUCUUCGUCGCUGGCGGCCCUCUCCCUUCAGGCCUCCGUGGGAACUACGCAGGCCUCUGGAGCUAAGGAUGGCCGCCCUGUCCUCAAAGUGCCCAGAUUCACCUUCCAGUCGGCUCCCACUUUUCUCCUUUGCUCUGCGUUUGUGCUUUUGACUCUAGCUUUUAUCUUUCAGAUGAAAAAGAUGCAGCUUACCUCUGCUUAGCAUAUUAGGCGAAGAGAGAUGGCGACCUAGAGAGUGAGUUACCCUUCAGUCAGUCAAAAUUUGGCUUUAAUACUUGUAUACACCUGUCCAAUAGUGUCGUUUUGAGUUAUACAAAAGAAUGUUGACUGAUUCUUAGUUUUGUUCACUGUUUGAGUCAUUUACGUAUUCUCUUAUUUCGAUGCUUGGCAGUCAAUGGCUUUACAAUUCUGAAUAUUUUCUUUUUCACUUUUUGUUACCAGUAUUAUGAUAAUACUGUUUUGGUUGUUUUUCAUUGCAGAUAGAUGGUAUAUUGAGAGUAUUUUUUUUAAAUAAAGAGUUUGUACAUGUAUUCUAGAAAUACAUGUAAUUCUGGCUAUAGUAUUAUAGUGUUGUUCCAGUGGGAAGGUACAUGUCAGUUUCUAGAUUACCAGGUUUUGGAAGCAUUCCAUUUGCAAAUUGUAAUCUUCAUGUUUGUAGUUUGUAAGUUGUUGGUGCUAAACAUGCUGUUUAAAAACCACGUUGAAAACAAGGUUGUCAUACAAUCUUGGGUUUUUUGGUACCAAAAUCUCAAUUGGUCAGAACACUUUAGGAAUGCAAAGGUUCUGCUGAUUGACUGUUCAGAAUUAAUCUAAAAACCUAUUUUCUCUUUAAGUUUUCCUGACUUGUUGUUAAAUAGAUAACGGAAUAUAUAUUUUUUCACUUCUUGCCUUAGUAGUAUUAACACUUGUUAGUAUAUUUGAAUGUUUGUUGUUUAAGGUACUUGCACAGAGUUUCAGUGCCAUCAUUCGAAACGGAUUCCAUGUAUGAAAAUGUAGACUGUAUUGCAGGCUGGGUAGAAUGUAUACUGAUCCUGAUCCAGGGUAUAGAACUGGAUUUUUUUGCUUUUGCUGUUUUCAAUACCAAAUACUGUACUUGAACAUGCUUUAAAAUUUGUAAUUCUGCUUAACAAAGUCAUAGAAAAAACCUGCAAAGAAGGAAAAUGAGCUCAG